UCGACCGUCUUUCCAAUUUGGCAAAAGGAUAUGUCAUUUGACUAUUUUUUCUUCUCCUCUUCCGUCACGGCCCCCUCUCUCUUUCUCUGAAACCCCCGAAACCCGUGCUCGCACGAAGUCGUCCAUAGCUUUCCUUAUCUCUCUUCCUCUUGUACUUUGUAGCCUUGAACACACCGGACUUUGUUCCACUGUGGUAUGUUUCCGGUAGAGAAAAAUGUUUGAUUGCAGUUACAAGUCACAGUACGUGGGUGGCCAACGAGAGAAGUUUGUGCGGUUGGAUGACUUGGACUCAAGAUUAUCAUCAUCUUCUGAUACGGGAGGAAGAAAAUGUGGAUUUAAUAUUGAGGGUCUAAGUGGUGCUGGACGUGCAGGGGAUACAACAUCUAGAUCUUUUAAGAGAGGGAUGAGAAGGGGAUCUGAAGGACUGAAGUCAAUUGGCCGAUCACUUAGAUUUGGUGUUUCUCGGGCAGUGUUCCCAGAAGACCUUAAAGUGUCAGAGAAGAAGAUAUUCGACCCUCAAGACAAAUUUCUUCAAUUAUGGAAUAAACUUUUUGUUGUAUCAUGUAUUCUGGCAGUAUCUGUGGACCCUCUUUUCUUUUAUCUUCCAGUUAUCAACAGUUCAUCAAAUUGUCUUGGUAUUGAUAGAAAAUUAGCAAUCACUGCAACAACAUUGCGGACAAUAGUUGAUGCUUUCUACCUUAUUCACAUAGCUCUCCAGUUCCGAACAGCAUAUAUUGCUCCUUCAUCCCGGGUUUUUGGGCGAGGUGAACUUGUGAUAGAUCCAGCACAAAUAGCUAAGAGAUACUUGCGCUGGCAUUUCAUCAUUGAUUUUUUAUCUGUGCUACCCCUACCGCAGAUUGUGGUUUGGAGAUUUCUUGCAAGGUCCAAUGGUUCUGAUGUGCUUUCUACGAAGCAAGCCUUGUUUUUCAUUGUCUUAAUUCAGUAUGUUCCUAGACUGCUGCGAAUCCUACCUUUAACUUCAGAACUGAAAAGAACAGCUGGUGUUUUUGCUGAGACAGCAUGGGCAGGUGCUGCAUACUACUUGCUGCUGUACAUGCUUGCUAGCCAUAUAAUUGGUGCUUUAUGGUAUUUGUUAGCUGUCGAGCGCAAUGAUACAUGCUGGCAGAAGGCUUGUAAAGAAAGUAAUGAGAGUAGUGGGACUGAAUGCAUAACAAGUUUCUUAUAUUGCGGCAACCAAGGUAUACCAGGUUAUGAUGCUUGGAACAGAACCAAUCAUCCAAUUUUCAAUGGAACAUGUUCAGGAGAUGAUGGGGUUGAUCAAUUUGAUUUUGGAAUCUAUACAAAUGCUUUGACAUCUGGUAUUGUUUCGUCGAACAAGUUACUUUCUAAAUACUGUUACUGUUUAUGGUGGGGACUACAAAAUUUGAGUACACUUGGUCAGGGGCUCGAGACCAGCACCUAUCCUGGAGAGGUUAUAUUUUCCAUAGCACUGGCUAUAUCUGGACUUAUCCUCUUUGCGCUUUUGAUUGGCAACAUGCAGACCUAUCUUCAGUCCCUUACUAUACGGCUUGAGGAAAUGAGGGUCAAAAGGCGGGAUUCAGAGCAGUGGAUGCAUCAUCGCUUGCUCCCACAAGACCUCAGGGAGCGGGUUAGGCGUUAUGACCAAUACAAAUGGUUGGAAACACGUGGGGUUGACGAAGAGAGUUUGGUUCAAAGUCUACCCAAGGAUCUUAGAAGAGAUAUCAAGCGGCACCUCUGUCUUGCUUUAGUGAGGAGGGUUCCUCUGUUCGAGAAUAUGGAUGAGAGGCUGCUGGAUGCCAUUUGUGAGCGGCUGAAACCGAGUUUAUUCACAGAGCAUACUUACAUAGUUAGGGAAGGAGAUCCAGUAGAUGAGAUGCUUUUCAUCAUUCGUGGUCGCCUUGAGAGUGUAACCACAGAUGGCGGAAGAAGUGGGUUCUUCAACCGCGGUUUGCUAAAAGAAGGUGAUUUCUGUGGUGAGGAGCUACUGACCUGGGCGCUGGAUCCAAAAUCUGGUUCUAAUCUCCCUACAUCCACUCGGACAGUAAAGGCAUUAACAGAGGUUGAGGCAUUUGCCCUGAUAGCUGAAGAGUUGAAAUUUGUGGCUGGUCAGUUCAGGCGCCUUCACAGUAGACAAGUUCAACACACCUUCCGUUUCUAUUCGCAGCAGUGGAGGACUUGGGCUGCUUGCUUCAUCCAAGCAGCAUGGCGUCGCUAUUCCAAGAGAAAAACCAUGGAACUCCUCCGUAGGAAGGAAGAGGAAGAAGCAGAAGGUUCAGAGGGGGCUCGCACCAGUACCAGUGGAGGUACAUAUAGUCUAGGUGCCACUUUGUUAGCUUCCAGGUUUGCGGCAAAUGCUCUUCGUGGAGUUCAUCGGAAUCGGAAUGCGAAGACCGCUAGGGAGUUGGUGAAAUUACAGAAGCCCCCAGAGCCUGAUUUCAGUGCUGAAGAUGCAGAUUGAUCGUUUUUUGUUGGGUAAUAACUCAUUUAAAUUAAUGAUACUGCUGCUCCAAAGAAAAAGAGCAAAAAAAGAAAAGAAAAGAAAUUGUACUAAUGACUGUCUAUUUUGUUAGAAGGGCGGGAAACAAUGUAAUAUAUCACAUUCCAGCUCAAAAUUGCGCCUGUAAUCUUUUGCUUAAAUCAACGCUUUUUACUGUAA